UUUGUGGGCUGAGAACUACGAUGGACACAACACCCGUCAGCCGUCCACACCCUGGGGGAACUACCUACAAAAUGGAGAAUCCUUGGGAUGCUCACCCUGCCAAAGGAGCUAUAGGGUCCAGUGGCUACAAGGCAUCAGCUCGUCAGUCGGACUGGACUUGGGAAGCAGAAGGGCUAGAGCAUUGCUUCAUAGAUCUCUGUGGUCUGACGAGAGGAGCA